AUGCCUUCAUAUCUGAUUACUGGAGCGAGCCGUGGUCUCGGCCUUGGCUUCGUUACCGAGCUGUUGAAGAAGAAGGAAAACACGGUCAUAGCUACUGCCCGAAAUACUGCUGGCUCUCCUGGUCUCCAGAAACUGAAACAAGAACACCCAGACGGCCGUCUGAUACUACUCGACUUGGAUGUCACGAGCGCCGAUAGCAUCAAGACUGCCGCCGAGGCAACGAACAAGCUGCUCCUAGGAGGACUGGGCAAUCUCAUCAGCAACGCCGGCGUGUACUACAACGGCCUGAAGACUUUUGACGAAUUGCACGUUAUAUAUAGGAUCGUCGAGGACUUGCAAAAGGAAGUAAACUUCAACAUCACCUCGCAGCUCCUGCUCCUGCGCGCGUUUGUGCCCUUGGUACGCAAGAGCCAGGCUAAGAAGAUCCUGGUCAUCACCUCCGGACUCGGUUCCAUCCAGAAUGCUCCAUAUACGCCGAACCUUGCGAAUGGAUACUCUGUCGCCAAAGCAGCUCUUAACAUGCUGGUGCGAAAGUAUAGCGCUGUCCUCAAGAACGAAGGCAUUACCACCGCGCUCCUCCAUCCCGGCUGGGUUGGAUCGACGGAUAUCGGCAACGGGAUCUCGGAUUGGAUGAACGCGUAUGCCCCCGAUUACGAGAACCUUUCCCUUGAGACAUCUGCUGCAGGUUGUAUGAAGGUGUUGGAUACACUUACCCCUAAAGAUAACGGCGAGUUUUUCAAUCACGAUGGCACGAAGAUUCCGUUCUAG